AUGUCGUCCGCCAACAGAAAGGAACACCGCGUCUCCUUCCAACCCAUCCCACUCUCAAAGGGCCACCGCCACCAAUCGAGCGAUUCUGGCAUUUCCGAAGUCAGCUCGACCCAGGACUUUUUCGACCUUGAGAUGAAAUACAAGAAGUUGCUGGAAGAUUUUGCACAACACAAGAGCGAAAGCAAAGCCCGCUGCUCUGCCCUGCAGAAUACCAUUGAUGUUCUGGAGAGCGACAAGCUUGCUUUGGAUCGCGAAAAGCGCAACUUGCGCGAAGAAAACAACCUCCUACGGGACGAUCUCCGCAAGGCGCAACGGAACAGCCCGCCUCGAGACUCGACAAAAAUGUCGGGCGCACUUCCAAGCCACCCGCCCUCGCCAAAGGAGCACAAGGAAUCCAAGGAAUCCAAGGAGUCGAAGCUACGUCGCAGCGAAUCCAAGCACCGCCGCGGCGAGAGCAAGGUACGCAAGACCACCGAGGAGAAGGAGCUCGCGAAGCGCGUCAAGGAAGACAAGGAACGCCUUGGCCGCCGCUUCGACCACAAGGACGACAAGAGUGUCUCCUCCGGCGGCAGCUCCAGCCGUAGCAAACAGAGCAGCUAUAUUGAGCCCAUGGGCCCCAGUGCUCCUCGGCCCGCUGCCAACAUCGAGCCGCCCCGUACCCAUAACAGACGCUCCGAGUCCACGUCGUACUCGAUCAGACCGUCCGUCAUCACCACCACAACUGUCACCGAACCCUCUUACGGCAACCUCCCGCGCACUCCAGGCUACGCGGACCACGAGAGCCCCUUCGACUAUGACGGCGCAUAUGCUCAUGCACAAUACGUUCCAGAGGAUGCGAACUAUUACGCACCCCCUCUAUCAAGCGAACCCUCCCGCGGGAGGUCGCGUCGGUAA